AUGGCUAGCUUUAAAUACUGUUUGGAAUGCAAUAACUUGCUCUAUCCCAGAGAAGACAAGUCCAGCCGUCGUCUUAUGUUUUCCUGCCGUAACUGUCAAUAUGAAGAAGAUGCAGACAACAUGUGUGUCUACAGCCACAAGAUCAUCCACACUCCUUCUGAACAGACUAUGAUGUUGACUGAUCUUGCCACAGAUCCCACUCUUCCCCGUGCCAAUGUCACUUGCCCUCAGUGCAAUCAUCCUGAAGCUGUGUUUUUCCAGUCUUCAUCCAGACGCGCAGAAGCAAAGAUGACUCUCUUUUACGUGUGUGGCAGUCAAGAAUGUGGUCAUCGAUGGGUUGGAUAAGUUAGAUAGAAAUAAGAACAAAACAAGACAGGAAGAAAGAAAGAAAAAGAUCAUCACUUAUAGGAAGAGGAUGAUAUUAUUGUAACUUCAUUAUCAAGAAAAGAAGAAGAAAAAUAAUAAAAGGGCAAUUUUUGUUUAUAUAUAUAUAUAAAUACAU